AUGGACACAACCACGGGUGAAGAAACAAGCGGGCCAGAUGCAACCGUGGUGCCUCGGGGGAAUGAAACAGCGCAGUCACAUUCGCAGGCUUGCAUUGCCCCCGGGGAAGAAUUAAUGGACGGUUCUAAGCUCCCAAUAGAGGAAGCUGUCCUCACGUCAGCACCAAGUGUACCUCCACCGAUAACUCGGAAUCACCCCGUUCUCCUCCAAGUGCCGUUGACAACUAGCACCAAGACAAAACAACUCACCAGCCAACACAAGUACGAACAGUGGAAUUUUAACGGCAUUGUCCCUGGCCCAUUUAUCCGAGCUCGGGUCGGGGAUGUUGUGGAGUUAUCGUUGACGAACCGCGACAAAGCCGGCAAUCCGCACAAUAUCGACUGCCACGCGUUUAUAGGGCCAGGAGGGGGUUCUGCGCUGACAACAGCAGAAGAAGGCCAGACCAAGACAGCAAGAUUUUGGCUCCAUUACCCAGGUCUUUAUUUGUACCAUUGUGCCGCAGCACCUGUGCCAGUGCAUAUUGCCAACGGGAUGUAUGGUCUCAUGUAUGUGGAACCAGCCACGGGAGACCUCCCUCCAGUGGAUCGCGAGUACUAUGUGAUGCAGAGCGAGUUCUAUCAUGAACCUCCGGAAAUUGAGGAUAACGGGAAACCAUCAUCAACAGUGGAGUUCUCGUAUCCAAAUGCGCUCCGGGAGGAGCCAAGCGUUGUUGUCUUCAACGGACAUGAGGCUGCGCUAACGAGAGAUAAGCCCCUUAAAGCUUCUGUGGGCGAGAAAGUUCGAAUAUUCUUCGGAAACGCAGGGCCAAACCUUACGAGUUCAUUUCAUGUUAUUGGGAGUACCUUUGAGAAGGUGUACCGUGAUGGGGAUGUUGUUAGCCCUCCUGGACAGUUUGUUCAGACUGUUAGUGUUCCUCCAGGUGGUUCAACGGUCGUUGAUAUGAAGAUGCUGGUUCCCGGGACAUAUACACUCGUAGACCAUGCCAUAUUUCGCCUUGAAAAAGGUGGUGUGGGAUAUUUGAAUGUGACAGGGGAGCCGAGACCUGAUAUAUACCAUAGUGAGGAGCCGCCCGCUCCUUGCGUCGGCUGCAAGUUACAUCCUUAG